AUGUGUGCCUUGCUGACGUCGUUGUUGGCACUGCCGGCGCUCGGCCUCAUCGCUAUCCCGCUGUUCGUCUCGGCGUGGAUCACCGUUGUCGUCGCUCUCUUCACGCUCUGCGUGCGGCUGUCGGUAGUCUAUGUCGAGCUUGUCUACGAGUUUGUCGUCAAUUUCUUUACACUUCCUGCCGUCACAUCCUCGCUCUUGACAUUUGCGCCCUCGGAGCCCCCGACCCCAGCACCGGGCUCCAGGCGCAACUCGACGCAUGGCCUGAUCCACCCGCGAAAGAGCCAUGACUCGCUUUCAUCAUGGUCGAUCAUCGAUGCUCUGGAUAAUCCGUCGAAAAGGUCAAAGAAGACCUACGCGCGAAGCAUGGUCGAGGCCCACCACCUGCCGACCGGUCCCUUGUUCGGUAUGCCUGUGAGCGGCGAUGAAUGGCGCGACUUUGAAGGUGUAGGUGGUUGGCGGUCCUACGCAGAUCGAUCACGCUCAAAGGGUGGACCGAAGUCACUUCGCGAGAGACCGAUCACCUCUCUCUCGUCUUCAUCUACGCCCAGUGCCACCGGAGAAGUAGAUCCUGAUGACAUUGACGAAGACGAACGCGCGUGGCUAUCACUCAAUGAUCGGCUCGAACUCCCCUCUCAAGUCCUGACAUGGGCCGCCGGCUCCAAUGUCACAAGUCCAACCCAUCUCGACUCACUUUCUCCGCGGGGCAGCAUCUCCCACGCCCUGAUCCCAGCAAUGUCACCCAGGCUCUCUCACAGCCAGCAUCAGAGCGGAGAAAGGCACCACCGCCGGUCUCACACAACAUCUUCUCUCACGACUGCAGACCAACGCUCCACUCAUGGGCUCUCUAUCAGCUUUUCAAAUCGCCCAGAUCAUACCUGUACAGCCCGAGCCUCCGGCCACGCUGUGUCACCAUCCGCAUCGCGACUAGCUCCGUUCAUGACACCGCAGCUGUACCCCACACUCCGUGCCUCGCGUACUAUGCCAGUAACAACUGCUACAAAUGGCCUAUCCACCUCGACAGAUGGCGGUUACUUUGCACUGCCAAGGCCUGGAUCGUAUGUUCCUUCACUCGAGACUAGAGAAAGCCCCAGCCUGAGUGGAUAUACAACCCCCGGUACAAUGGGUUCCGAGGACCGCGACGUGGUGACCCCCCAGCUGACUCGGAUGAUGGCGCAUUACCCUAUCAGUGUAAGACAUCGGAGGAGGAGCAUUUCAGGGCCUCAUGCAAAGGCGAGCUCUAUUGGGGAGCGGAUUGCUUAG